CCGGUCUCCUUGCCCGCCACCACUCGGCCACCGUCAUUGGUGUUCAGAGUUUCGGUUCCCUUUUCUUUGAUCGCAUUACUUACGCAAAACGAGCCCAGACACUUGCGCUGCCAGAGAGGCACAGAUGCCGGCAGGCGGCUGACCGGCGCAGCACCCUAGGCCCGGUGUCUGGCUCCAGCCCCGCAUCCGGCUCGGCCCCGCAUCCGGCUCUGGCCCAGCUACAAGAGAGUCCGGAAGUGCAGGCAAAGCGGCUCCCGGGAGCGCCGCGCGAUCCCGCGCGGGAUCAGCGAGGGCCGCUCCCUGGCGGACUGGCGGGAGGGCGGCAUGGCUGCAGUGCUGGCUCUCAGGGUGGUCGCGGGGUUGGCGGCCGCAGCGCUGGUGGCCAUGCUCUUGGAGCACUACGGCCUGGCGGGCCAACCCUCGCCGCUGCCGCACCCCGCGCCCCCCAGGAGGCCGCACCCCGCGCCAGGUCCUGGAGACAGCAACAUCUUCUGGGGCCUGCAGGUGAAGCGGCGGGAAGCCGGGCCGGGAGGCGGGUGCAGAGCGGGCACCGUGCGGUGAGACUCUGGCGGAUGCUGGGCCCCACGCUCCAGGCUGCGGGCCUCACUCAGAUAUCCGACAUUCACCUGAGCAGGUUUCGAGAUCCAGGCAGAGCGGUAGACUUAGAGAAAUUCUGUUCUGAAACUAUUGACAUCAUUCAACCAGCUCUCGUCCUAGCAACAGGAGACCUGACAGAUGCCAAAACAAAGGAACAGUUGGGAUCCAGGCAGCAUGAGGUAGAAUGGCAAACCUACCAGGGUAUUCUGAAGAAGACAAGAGUCAUGGAAAAAACCAAGUGGCUGGAUAUCAAAGGAAAUCAUGAUGCAUUCAAUAUUCCAAGUCUGGACAGCGUCAAGAAUUAUUACAGGAAAUAUUCUGCUGUACGUAGAGAUGGCUCUUUCCAUUAUGUCCACAGUACUCCCUUUGGCAACUAUUCGUUCAUCUGUGUAGAUGCCACCAUAAAUCCAGGGCCUAAGAGACCCUAUAAUUUCUUUGGAAUUUUAGAUAAGAAAAAGAUGGAGGAGCUCUUAUUACUGGCCAAGGAAAGUAGUCGGAGCAACCAUACAAUUUGGUUUGGACACUUUACAACAUCCACUAUUCUUUCUCCAUCACCAGGAAUCCGGUCAAUAAUGAGUUCGGCUAUAGCUUAUUUGUGUGGACACCUCCAUACACUUGGUGGACUGAUGCCUGUUUUGCACACUCGUCACUUCCAGGGCACUUUGGAACUUGAGGUGGGAGACUGGAAGGAUAAUAGGAGGUACCGGAUUUUUGCUUUUGACCAUGACCUCUUUAGCUUUGCAGAUUUGAUCUUUGGCACGUGGCCUGUAGUUCUUAUCACCAAUCCUAAAUCACUCCUUUAUAGUUGUGGUAAACAUGAACCACUAGAAAGACUUCUUCACUCAACACACAUCAGAGUUUUGGCCUUUUCCUUAUCCUCCAUUACUUCUGUCACAGUUAAGAUUGAUGGAGUUCAUUUAGGCCAGGCUGUUCAUGUGUCUGGUCCCAUUUUCGUACUGAAGUGGAAUCCUAGAAACUACAGUAGUGGGACACAUAACAUAGAAGUAAUCGUCCAGGAUUCUGCUGGAAGAAGUAAGAGUGUUCACCACAUAUUUUCUGCUGAAGAGAAUAAUCAUCUUAGUUUUGAUCCCCUGGCAUCAUUUAUUCUUCGUACUGAUCACUACAUCAUGGCCCGGAUCCUUUUUGUGCUAAUUGUGCUGAGCCAGCUCACCAUUCUCAUUACAUUUAGAUAUCGAGGAUACCCAGAGCUUAAAGAACCUUCAGGGUUUAUAAAUCUGACCUCAUUUUCUCUUCAUGUCUUGAGCAAAAUAAACAUCUUCUACUAUUCUGUGUUGUUGUUGACACUAUAUACAGUGCUGGGUCCAUGGUUUUUUGGUGAAAUCAUUGAUGGCAAAUUGGGUUGCUGCUUUUCCUUUGGGAUAUUUGUUAAUGGACAUUUCCUACAAGGCAGCAUAACAUUUAUAAUUGGAAUUCUCCAGCUGGCAUUUUUUAACAUCCCCUUGAUGGCUUACAUGUGUUGGAGCUUGCUGCAGCGGUGCUUUGGUCACAACUUCAGGUCUCAUCUCCAUCAAAGAAAAUACUUGAAAAUUAUGCCUGUUCACCUACUUAUGCUACUGCUGUACAUCUGGCAGGUUUAUUCCUGCUACUUUCUUUAUGCGACAUAUGGCACCCUAGCUUUUUUAUUCUCCCCUUUGCGGACCUGGUUGACACUGCUGACACCUGUUCUCAUUCGUUGUGUGUGGACACUGAACUCCGCCAAGCUUGGAAUCUUCAUGGUGCAGUUAAAAAGCCACCUGAGCUCCUGAAGGCCAUGUCUCACCACUGGCAGCUGAGCAGAAGCCCAGCCUCUGUGUCUGUAGCCCAGGCCUCUACCCCAGUAGCAGGUGGAGGGCCAGUAUUGGUGCGUGAGCUUUAGGGAGCUGCUGCUCGUUUGGACUCCUGGAUGUUGGAGGGAUUACCCACUACUGAUACCUGCAGAAUGGACUGCAGAAAAGUCUCAAAAAUAAUGCCUUUAUUCCUUCCCUCCUCAAGGAGGCAAAGAGUUGAUUUAUCUUUGUGAAGAGAAAACCCUUAUCUAGGACACCCACAGGGUAGGGGUUGGGUGUGUGUACGGGAGUGUCUGAGGCCCAGUGUGUUUUUUAGGGGUUACCCCAUGUAAAGCACCUACCGCUGUGCUUGAAAUUCAGCAGCUGUCAAAGGUGCAAUUUCAAGGGCAGGGAACCUUUGAGGAUCUGGGCCCGACCCUGACCACGGCUGAGAUAUUAGUUCCCAGGCCUGUUUUCCCGCAGGAUUGUGGGCUCUCUGCUUCCUUAGUCGGAAGUGUUUUCAACUAAUCAAAUAAAUGAAUGAAUGAUGAAUAAGAAA